AAACAGAGCAGGUUACAUUAGUAAUUUUAAAGUAUUUAUAAGAGUCCAUUUCGUCGUCAAAAAACCCUAGUCCCUGAAGCCGCUGCAGCAGUUCUUCUCUUAAUCUUUCAGGUACGUAGUUAUAGGAAUAGUCCAAUGGCUCCGGCUAAAGUUGACAGCACAAAAAAGAAUGAUCCAAAGUCCCAGGCCACUAAGGUUGCCAAGGCCGUGAAGUCUGGGCCAACCUUUAAGAAGAAAGCUAAGAAGAUCAGGACUACAGUCACGUUCCAUCGGCCAAAGACAUUGAAGAAGGAUAGGAACCCCAAGUAUCCUCGCAUUAGUGCUCCACCAAGGAACAAGUUGGAUCACUACCAAAUUCUGAAAUAUCCCUUGACCACUGAGUCAGCAAUGAAGAAGAUUGAGGACAACAAUACCUUGGUUUUCAUUGUUGACAUUCGUGCUGACAAGAAGAAGAUUAAGGAUGCUGUGAAGAAGAUGUAUGACAUCCAGACCAAGAAAGUGAACACAUUAAUCAGGCCCGAUGGAACUAAGAAGGCAUACGUGAGGCUGACCCCAGACUAUGACGCCUUGGAUGUGGCAAACAAGAUUGGAAUUAUCUAAGUUAUACCAUUUGUACUGCUGACAGUUUUGUUAGGAGUGUUUCAUUUUGUUACGACAACAAUAUAAAUUUGGUUUGUGUCGGAUUCACCUUUUUAUUCAACUUUGCAUGAUAUGCCUGAUUGAAGAUUAAAUGCUUAAAUUCUCCACAUCGUAAGAUA